UUUAUUCGCAGGUACUUUAUUCAAACAUAGCAUACGGAGCUUCUAAUCCCAGCUUCUAAUAAGUCUUGAUAUUACAACUCUCUUAUGUCAACGCAUGGAUGAUAUAAAAAUUUGAAGACAAACGAAACAAACAAAACACACAGGGGGAGCUUAUCUCCGAGUUGGCCAAUAUACGCGUGUUUCUCGGCCCCUCCUUCCCAAAAGAGAAAACAUUGUUGUCCAUCUCUUCUCCGCACUCCACGAUGUCACCUUGGCAUGAUGGCAUUCCAACAGUUCAUUCUUGUCGUUGCAUUCUCGUUAUGUCUUCUUCCUGGCUUUCACUACGCUCUGUUAACUCGCAGCCGAGUAGAGUAGCACCAGCUUCAUUAUGCCGACAAUCAGAAGCUGGGCCCUCGCCCUGUUCGCAGCUCGUCAUGUCGUCGCAGACUUCGAUCCCUUGAGUCUCGUGGAUCCUCUUAUCGGCUCAGACAAUGGCGGCAACGUCUUUGCAGGGGCCAGUUUGCCGUAUGGAAUGGCAAAGGCUGUCGCAGAUGUCAAUGGCCAGAAUACUGGAGGUUUCGCGACAGAUGGCAGCGGUGUCACUGGAUUUUCGGCCAUGCAUGAUUCUGGCACUGGAGGGAAUCCCUCGCUUGGCAAUUUCCCUAUACUUCCUCAGCUUUGUCCCGACGAUGUCAUUGACAAUUGUAAAUUCCUCAUUACCGACCGCGCCGUGAACUACACGAACGCAUCUGUUGUUGCGACGCCCGGGUAUUUUGGCGUGUCACUGACAAAUGGCAUUGAUGCGGAAAUGACAGCAACUGAGCACGCAGCUCUAUACAAGUUCAAGUUCCCGACGGGAGAUAAUGGCACUGGAUCCAAACCAUUCGUGCUCCUGGAUCUGACUGAUCUAUGGCAGAGUCGACAGAAUGCUUCGGUGAGCGUGGAUGCAACCACGGGCCAAAUCCGUGCCAACGGUACGUUUCUGCCAAGCUUUGGCGCAGGAUACUAUCAAUCCUUUGUGUGUGUCGACUUUGCGGGUAGUCCAGUCAAUGACACUGGAAUAUGGGUAAAUAACCGCGCUGGCACGGAAGUCAAAGACCUUUUUGUCACUCGAGGGUUCAACCUGUUUUACAUCCAGGCAGGUGGGUUUGUCACCUUUGAGCCUUCUUCGGAUGGUGUGCUGUAUGCCCGAGUGGGAGUCAGUCUAGUCAGCACCGAGCAGGCCUGUCAAAAUGCGGAGAAAGAGAUUUCUGAACCAAGUAAAGACUUUAAACGGAUCCAGUCCGCUGCGGAAUCAGCAUGGAGGGAAAAGCUAAACCCUGUCUCUGUCAAGGCAGAUGGUGUCAGCACAAGCCUGCAACAGAUGUUUUGGAGUGGAAUUUAUCGUACAAUGAUGUCACCGCAAAAUUACACAGGCGAGAAUCCUCUUUGGAAUAGUACCGAACCAUAUUUUGAUUCUUACUACUGCAUUUGGGAUGCGUUCCGUGCUCAACACCCGCUAUUGACAAUAAUUGACCCAAGUGCGCAGUCUCAGAUGCUACGUAGUCUGCUAGACAUCUACAAGAAUGAAGGUUGGCUACCCGACUGUCGUAUGAGUCUUUGCAAGGGAUGGACGCAAGGCGGAUCCAAUGCCGACAUCCUCUUCGCGGAUGCAUAUGUCAAGAACUUGACUGGGAUUGACUGGAAUUUUGCUUAUGAAGCAAUGGUAAAUGACGCUGAGAACGAACCUCUUGAGUGGUCUUAUGAGGGACGUGGCGGCUUGCAAAGCUGGAAAACAUUGAAUUACAUCCCUUAUCUAGAUUUUGAUUAUCUAGGUUUCGGAACCAAUUCUCGAUCCAUCUCUCGCACGCUCGAAUAUUCCUAUAACGAUUUCGGCCUAGCAACCGUCGCAAAAGGGCUUGGAAAGGACAGCGCAGCCAAGUAUCUUUCGCGCUCAACCAACUGGCAGAAUCUCUUCAAGAAAGACCAGACUUCUUUCAUCAAUGGGACCGACACCGGAUUUAAGGGAUUCUUCCAACCGAAGUAUCUCAAUGGUACUUGGGGUUACCAAGACCCUAUAGCAUGCAGCGCGCUGGCAAACUUUUGCUCGCUGACGAGCAAUCCAUCUGAGACAUUCGAAUCAAGCGUGUGGGAAUAUCAAUUCUUUGUCCCGCACGACAUGAGCAAGGCUAUUGAAUUGCUCGGUGGUGCUGAGGAAUUCAUCUCGCGGCUAGACUUCUUCCACGAAUCUGGACUAGCUGACAUCGGAAACGAACCUGUCUUCCUCACUGUAUACGACUACCACUACGCCGGACGCCCUGGUCUAUCGACCAAACGAGUCCAUUAUUACAUCCCAUCCUCCUUCAACGCCACCGAAGAUGGGCUACCAGGUAACGACGACUCCGGCGCCAUGGGCUCUUUCACUGUAUUCUCCAUGCUAGGCCUAUUCCCGAACCCAGGCCAGAACGUAUAUCUCAUCUCAACCCCAUUCUUCGAGUCCGUUAGCAUCAAGCACCCAGAAACAGGCAAAACAGCAACAAUUCGCGUAUCAAACUUUGAUCCUACGUAUAAGGACAUCUACAUCCAGAAUGCGACUCUGAACGGUCAGCCGUAUACGAAGAGCUGGAUUGGCCAUGAGUUCUUCCUGCAUGGCAUGACCCUGGAAUUGACUGUUGGUGAUAAUGAAACUGCGAGUACUUGGGGAAAGAGCGCGGAUGAUCUGCCGCCAAGUUCGUCGGUGUCAUCGAUGCUUUCCAUGUAAAUAGUACUGUAUCAGUAGUGACUUCCCGGUAGGGAAUACGUUUCUGAAUGAAAAAUUUUCC